GACGGUUAGGGCGGGGCCCCCGGGGCAUGAUGGGAGAGAGCGUGUCCAAACGGCUGAGGAGCGAGACCGAGAUGGAGGAGCGCUCGUUCUGCAACCCCUUCCCCGACUACACGGCCCCCGCCACAGCCACAGCCACCGCCACCGACCCCGGGGAGCUGGACCAGUGGUUCGACACGCAGGGAAAGAUCAAUCCCAUCUUCAGAAAGCGGAUUGAAACUAAAAUAAAGGACCUCCUGAUACAGAUGGAGGAGGGUCUGAAGACUGCAGAUCCUCAUGAUUGUUCUGCUUACACUGGUUGGACAGGGAUCGCCCUUCUUUACCUGCAGUGUUUCCGUGUGACACACAAGUUGGCACAUCUUCAGCGUUCCCUGGACUAUGUGAAGAGGACUUUGCGUAAUCUGAAUGGUCGAAAAGUCACAUUUCUGUGUGGUGAUGCCGGACCUUUAGCUGUUGGUGCUGUGGUGCACCAUAAACUGAAAAAUGAAACUGAAUCUCUGGAUUGCAUUAAGAAACUUCUACAUUUGCACAGAAGUGUUGUUAGCUUGGAUUCAGAAAUUCCAGAUGAGCUGUUGUAUGGCCGAGCUGGGUAUUUAUAUGCUUUGUUGUAUGUGAAUGCAGAGAUUGGGCCAGACAUUGUUCCUCAGACUAAUAUUAAGGAGGUGGUUAAUGCCAUCAUUGAAUCUGGUAAAAACCUUUCCAAAGAAGAGCGCAAAGUUGACCGCUGCCCACUUAUGUAUCAGUGGCACAGAAAAUUGUAUGUUGGAGCAGCCCAUGGUCUAGCAGGGAUCUACUACAUGUUAAUGCAGCCAAGUGCUAAGGUGGAACCAGAGAUUCUGAUAGAACUGGUAAAACCCAGUGUGGACUAUGUGCGACACAAAAAAUUCAGAUCUGGAAAUUACCCCUCGUCACUGAGUAAUGAAACUGACAGACUGGUCCAUUGGUGCCAUGGUGCACCUGGUGUUAUACAUAUGUUGAUACAGUCACAUAAGACCUUUAAGGAGGAAAAGUACCUGAAGGAUGCAAUAGAGUGCAGUGACGUAAUCUGGCAACGAGGCUUGCUAUGUAAGGGUUAUGGAAUCUGUCAUGGGACUGCAGGGAAUGGCUACUCUUUCCUUUCGCUUUAUAACUUAACUCAGGACAAAAAGUACCUCCACAGAGCCUGCAAGUUUGCGGAAUGGUGUUUGUCCUAUGGAACACAUGGAUGUCGGAUCCCUGAUAGACCGUACUCUUUAUUUGAAGGCAUGGCUGGAGCUGUUCACUUUUUAUCUGAUGUGCUGAAUCCAGAAACAGCCCGCUUACCAGCAUUUGAACUCUGACGUACAACAAAUUAGAGCCGAUGAAGAAUCCAAUAUUUUGUCUGAUUUUCAGAAUGAACUUCUUUUCUGAGAGGAAUAGGUUCUCUUGGUGUCCCUUGUAAGAAAUACAGAUGCCAAAACUACCACGUUCUCAAGAACUACGGGACAUUGAAAAUAGUGUGUUGAGAAAAAUCUUUUUUGUCUUUAAAUUCAGAAUGGUAUUCGAGUAAGAAGCCAUUAUAAAUUUAAUGCAAGUAUUCAGGUUUUUGAUUGUAUGCAUGCUUAAUACGUUGGUGUUAGUGACUUGUCUUUGUUCUUGUUUGUGAAAAAGUCAUACUAUUUGUAAAGUCUUCAUGAUAGUGUUCUUUUGUGCAUGUACAGAAGUGCAUAGAACCAGUCAUUGAUCCUCUGGCAUAAAUUUGCUGAGUUAUCUAUAGGAUAAGCCUUACUUGGUUUAAUGCUAGAUAUAUUGAAGACUGACAAAAUCAUUUGGCUCAUUAAUAUGUUAAAAAUAAUUUAUUGUUCAUUGUUUUGGUCACACGUUGUUAAGUAAAGCAAGCUUUUGAGUUUCAAAAUGUAAUGCUAAAAUCUCCCACUCUUCCUUCCAUUCCUGUUUACUGUUAUACUGCUGCACUGAAAGUAGACUGGCCGUCAUCAAGUUAAUGUUUCAUUUAGGUUUUGCAGUUUGCCUAAAUACUGAUGAACGUGAGCAUAAUUCUUAGAGGAUGCUGUAGGGAAAAAUGUUUUAACACUAGCCAAUAAUUACAGAGACAAGGUUUCAUAAGAGCAAAAUUCCUUCUAGUGUUAACAACAACAAAAAAUUAACAUGUUUUGCCUUAGAACUGUUCACCUUUACAACAGAUCAGAUUGUCUACUGAGCUUGAUGUUCACCUGUACCAGUUGCUUUGCUAUAGCAGGAAAUCUAUAAACCAUACAGGUAAAUAUGGCUAGAUGAAAGAAAACGAAUGAGACCUACAGAAAUUUGGCAAAGUUAAAAUUUAUUGAGUCAACCAAUGUUUUGAUAAACCAUUGUUAUCUUGGCAUUUUUGCCUGUUGUAUUAUUAAGCAGCCUAACUUUCCUUUGUCCCCAACAAGAAGUGCCAAAUGCAAAAUUAAAAGUAUAUGUACUUAAAAGUUUUAAGUCUUUUUGUAAAAAGUGCAUUGUGUGAUAUUUGGAUUUGUAACACAAACCUAGUUGUCAUUGUGUUAUAGGUAUUGUAGGCUGUGCCAUGGUCGUUUAUUUUACUGUAACCCAAAACUUUCCAUGGCUAAUUUUUCUUGAGUUGAAAUAUAUGGUUUGUAUGAUUUAUUGUUCUCAGUCAUCUGUUUCUUCUUCAGAUACAGUAUUGUACUUUAAUGUUUAAAAGCAGGCCUUUGGGGAGUAUGAACAGCUUGUCAGAAAAUAUUGACAUUUGUAUUUGUUUUGAUUUCCUUUUCUGUUUGUAUACUUGUCUUAGUUAAGUUAUUCCAUUAUUAAGAACCAAAGAUGGUGUGCAAACCAUAGAUACAAAUUUCAGCACAGUGUAAUUGUCUAAUGUCUACUCUAAUUGUAACUAUCUAAUUUUUGAGACAAUGCAUAUGUUUUUAAAGCUGCAGCAUUCCACUGAUGUUCAUGGGCUUUUAAAAUCAUCCCAUACAUGACUGUCAGUGAAAAUGAUGCCACACUGUUUUAUAUGCACUGUUCUAUGCUGUCUAGACUGAUGUGUCUUUCUAACUGUCCAAACUGUAAUUUGCUUUCAUUAGAGCCCACUUCUUAAAGUUUCCCAGUGGGUAUAAAUCUACAUCUGAUGUUACUGAGUGACAGGUGAUCUCACAAAUUUGCUUUAGUAUGAUGAAGCAAUAAAAUAAAGUUGCUGCUGUAGGAAA